CAUGGCUGUAGCCUCGUCGAUUCUUCCUCCAGACUCUGUGAACUUCCCAGAAGAAGAGGAAAAGAUACUUCAGCUUUGGAAAGAUAUAAAUGCUUUCAAGAACACUUUGAAGCAAUCUAAAGGCCGUCCAAGUUACACGUUCUACGAUGGUCCGCCGUUUGCAACAGGCUUGCCACAUUAUGGCCACAUCCUUGCUGGAACUAUCAAGGAUAUUGUAACACGUUACGCUCAUCAAACUGGUCACCACGUGGAGAGGAGAUUUGGUUGGGACUGCCAUGGACUACCAGUGGAGUAUGAAAUUGAUAAGUCUCUUGGUAUUACAAGUCCUGAUGAUGUUAAGAAAAUGGGAAUAGACAAGUAUAAUGCAGAGUGUAGGAAGAUUGUGAUGCGCUAUGCAGAACAAUGGAAGUUUAUUGUGUCUCGCUUGGGUCGCUGGAUUGACUUUAACAAUGACUACAAAACUCUCUACCCUUGGUUCAUGGAAUCAGUCUGGUGGGUUUUCAAGCAAAUUUAUGAAAAAGGUCUUGUGUAUCGAGGAUUCAAGGUGAUGCCGUACUCAACAGCGUGCAAUACACCACUGUCAAACUUUGAGUCUAGUCAAAACUACAAAGACGUUGUUGACCCUGCCGUAGUGGUUUCUUUUCCUUUGGACGAAUCAACAGAGACUUGUUUAAUUGCAUGGACGACUACACCAUGGACGUUACCAAGCAAUCUUGCUUUGUGUGUUAAUCCUACUCUUGAGUAUGUCAAAGUCAAAGAUCAGAGUACUGGCAGAUUGUACAUCAUGAUGGAGAAGAGGCUUUCAGCUCUUUUCAAGAUGGAGGAAGAGUAUGAAGUUCUUGAAAAAUUUAAGGGUGAGAGUUUGGUAGGAAAGAGCUAUGAACCACUCUUUCAUUAUUUUGCUGAGGCGAAGACUCAUGGUGCAUUUCGUGUUUUUUCUGACAAUUAUGUGACUGAUGAGACUGGAACAGGUGUUGUCCAUCAGGCUCCUGCCUUUGGAGAAGAUGACUACAGAGUUUGUAUGACUAAUAAUGUCAUCAAAAAGGGGGAACGUCUUGUGUGCCCUGUUGAUGACAGUGGACGAUUUACUGCUGAAGUCACAGAUUUUGCUGGACAGCAUGUUAAAGAUGCUGAUAAGAACAUCAUCAAAAUGUUGAAAGCAAAUGGCCGUUUGGUACACAGUGGAACAUUUAAGCACAGUUAUCCUUUUUGCUGGAGGUCUGAAACCCCUCUGAUCUAUCGAGCUGUGCCCAGUUGGUUUAUCAAAGUUGAAGAGAUUAUAGAUAAACUCCUGGAGAAUAACAAGAAAAGUUAUUGGGUACCUGAGUUUGUGAAGGAGAAGCGUUUUCACAAUUGGUUGGAAGGAGCUCGUGAUUGGUCAGUCUCUCGUAAUCGUUAUUGGGGCACUCCCAUUCCAAUUUGGGCAAGUGAUGAUAUGGAAGAGGUAGUUUGUGUAGGAUCUGUUGAUGAAUUGGAGAGAUUGUCUGGGGUCCGUGUGACUGACCUUCACAGAGAAAAUGUUGACAAUAUCACAAUUCCUUCUGUAACUGGUCAGGGUGUGUUAAGGAGAGUUCCUGAGGUUUUUGACUGUUGGUUUGAGUCUGGGAGCAUGCCUUAUGCACAAAUCCAUUACCCUUUUGAACGGAAGAGAGAGUUUGAGGCUGCAUUUCCUGCAGAUUUUAUUGCCGAAGGUGUUGAUCAGACACGAGGCUGGUUCUACACUCUGUUGGUAAUUUCAACUGCUUUGUUUGACAAGCCGCCGUUCAAGAAUCUUAUAGUCAAUGGUCUUGUGCUAGCAAGCGAUGGAAGAAAGAUGAGUAAGCGAUUGAAGAACUAUCCAGAUCCCAUUGAUGUUGUCAGUCGUUUUGGGGCUGAUGCUCUCAGGCUGUAUCUUAUUAAUUCUCCUGUUGUUCGAGCUGAGACCCUUCGAUUUCAGGAGAGUGGAGUGAAGAACAUCGUGAAGGACGUAUUCCUCCCAUGGUACAAUGCGUGUCGCUUCUUGUUACAGAACAUUCACAGGCUACAGAGAGAAGAUGGUAUUAACUUCCAGUACAAUGAGAAAGCUGUUGGUUUGUCCCACAACUUCAUGGACAAAUGGAUCUUGUCAUUCACUCAGAGUUUAGUCAAAUUUGUUCAUGACGAGAUGAAAGCAUAUCGACUUUACACUGUUGUGCCUCGACUUGUAAAGUUUAUUGACAUGCUGACCAAUUGGUAUGUAAGAUCCAACAGAAAACGAUUGAAGGGUGAGGGAGGGCAGCAGGAUUGCCUUAACUCAUUGUCAACAUUGUUUGAUGUUCUGUACACAAUGAUUCGUUUCAUGGCACCCUACACUCCUUUUUUGACUGAACUGCUGUACCAGAAGAUGAAGUUAUACAUCUCUCGAACAUCAUCGAGUCAAGAGACUGACAGCGUCCACUACUUGAUGAUUCCCACAGCAAGGGUUGAGCUCAUAAAUGAGGACAUAGAACGAGUAUUUCAGCGUAUGCAGACAGUCAUUGAACUUGGACGGGUUGUGAGAGAUCGAAAAACUUUACCUACGAAGUAUCCUUUACGUGAGGUGGUUGUCAUUCAUGCUGAUCCACAGUAUCAACACGACAUUCAGUUAAUGCAAGAUUAUAUCAAGGAGCAAUUGAAUGUGAGAGUUGUAACUAUAACGAAAGGUCGUGAGCACUAUGGUGUAAGUCUUCACGCCGAACCAAAUUAUCAAGAGUUAGGCAGACGGCUGAAGAGUGAAUUUAAACAAGUUGCAACAGCAGUACGAGAGUUGAAUGAUGAACAGCUAAAAGAAUAUCAGAAGGUAGGAGAAAUCAAAGUUGAAGGUUACAUGCUGUCAGCUAACGAUCUAAAGAUUUCUUAUAGUUUCUCUGGUGAGGGGUCAUCAAAGUAUGAAGCUGACUCAGACAAUGAUGUACUUGUACUAUUGAAUAUCACUUCUGACCAGUCUAUGCUGGAUGAAGGUGUGGCACGUGAAGUUGUGAACAAGAUACAAAAGCUUCGGAAGAAGGCUAAGUUGCAAUCAUCUGAUGCUGUUACAGUAUCUUGCAGUGUGAGUGCUGUUCCUGAUAUGCCAGCUAGUGGCCAAGCUCGGCUUGUUGAAGUUAUGACAACAUAUGCCGACUACAUACAGACAGCAGUCAAACAACCGGUAAAAUUUGGCACGAGUGAUGGAGAUAGAGGACUUUCUUUCAUUAUCGAAGAAGAUGCACAGGUGAAAGGCAUUUCUCAAGCUAUUUUACAUCUCGAGAUCCAUCGUCGUGCAUUUGAGACUUCACCAGAACUCCCAUUUUGUUCAUAUUGUAAUGUUGAAUGUCGAGUAUCUGAAAGAAUACCAUUAGGAGACGUGCAUGAAAGAACACUUCUUGGAACUGUGUUGUUGGAGAACCCAGUUGGGCAAAACAAACUAGAUUUUCAGUCAUUUCUGCAGGAAGUGAAGGUGUUAUUCAAUUUAAGAGGAAAAACAGUGAAUCUGACGUCAGAUGCUCUACCUGCUGGUGUGGCAGAAGGAUUUGACAUUCAGACAUUGAAUAAGCAAACAGUGAUUGCCAGCACAUCCUCUGUUGCUGCUAGGAAUGAACCAGUGUAUCCUUCUCCACUUGUUCCAUUUGUGAACAUAGAAGGUGCAGGAGUGAAGGCUACAUUCCUCUUGAGAAACCCAUGUUACGGUUUGGAGAUUUCAACCAAGACAUUAAAAUCACUGGUGACAAAAGUGUUUGGAAACGACACAAGUCAACUUAGUUUGUCUGUUCAAGGAAAUCAAGGUGGCAAUUUGUCACAAGAAGACAUUAAAUUUGCUCUCCUUACAUAAGUACAAACUUUGAAGUGUACAAUAUGUGUGAUGAGUUAGGGUUGAAGCAAAAACAAUUUGAUUCAAUCUGUGUACCUUUCAACUAACAAGAUCCAUAAUGACGAACCAUACAAUAGCAACCAUGUUGAAUCUGAGU